AAUGAUGGAUAUAUAGGUGAUAAAUAAACAGAGUUAAAUUCUAUCUCCUAAGUUUUCUCAUACUUUACUUAUUAAAAUAGCUCAUCUAAUUAUAUAGUUAAUGAUAUUCAAGGCGUUGAAAUUUAUUUUACUGAUCCAGCCAUCAAUACAGUUAAAGGUAUAAAGUAAGCAAAUUUAAUUAGGCAAUUUUGAUAAAACAGAUGUUGGAGAAGAUGGUAUAUUUAGCUUUUUAUCAACUUUAUAAAUUAGAAAGGAAAUUUAUGAAAAAUUAUUAAAAUCAAUAGGCAUUGAUAUUGAUUUAAAUUUUUAAUUUAAUUUGA